AUGAAUCCCAGGAAGAGGUUUAGAAACAACAACAUUACGAAACCACUACAGAUCAAAUCAGGCAAUACGAUAAAUUCAUCAAUAACCAGUAAAAACAAAUUACGUUUGCCGUUUCGUAAUUAUUCUCCAGAGAUAGAGUAUAGACCGAUGAUCAAAGGUGAACGACUUCAAUUCUUUGAUCGUACGAAUGAACCAUUUAAGGAUACGUUAUGUCCUAACACUGACACAGAUAUUAUUUCCUGUGAAAGUAACAUUGAAAAUCAAAUGGAUCAGAUACUUAACCUCAGUAAACCUGAAAGCUUAUCAUCUAAUAAGGGUACGAUUAUCAAGAUAACCCCUAUUAUUAAUGGCAAGAGUCAUAGAGAUCGUUCCUUAAAAUUUGAAGAUUUUGAUCAACCUCCAAACUCCACUUCUACACCAAUUCCAAACAAUAGUACGUCAAAACAAAAUAAACUAUACACCGAUAAAUAUAAAAAUUCAACAUCAUUAAUAAAGCAACGUUACACUUUGUAUCAGGCUCCUGAACCAUUUAAGAACUGGAACGUCAAUGGUAUUAAGGGCUCCCCGUUAUCAAUGACGCCAGUUGAAUAUCAAAGAUCUUCAUUAUAUCAAUCUCAUAAACCAUCACAAGAUAAUAAUGGAGUUAAUAAACGAAACAAUGCUCAUUCAUCCAAGGCCAACAAACAUCAAAUUUUGAAUGCAGACGUUGCACCAACUAAAUCUCCAAGAACUGACCGUUGCCUUGAGAGCAGUGAUUCAAUAGUUUAUAUGUCUAGUGGUGGUAAUGCAACAUACCAUAAUAGUGAUGAGUGA